AUGUAUGCAACAAAACAUGGAUUUGAACUUUUGAUAGAAUUUUUAAUUCAAAAUGGUCAUGAAGAUGUUGAAUUAUCAAGAGAUUUCGAGAAUAACACAACUUUAAUGAUAGCUGCGCAAUAUAAUCGUAUUAAAGUAGCGGCUUGGGAUCGAUAUCAAGCUGUAACAUUGUUAAUCGAACGAGGAUGUCAAUUUGCGGUUAAGAAUAAUGCUGGAUGGACGGCAUUAGAUUAUUCUUAUUCCAUGGAACUUAAAGCUCAUUUACAAGAAUGUGCACGAACACAUUAUGAAGAGAAAAAGAAAUAUAAGAAACGAAAUCAACAUCUUAAAAUUAAAGUGGAUUCUCUAAUUACCCUCGAUUCGGUACCAUUAAUAAGUUCAACACGUUCAGCAACAUUACCAUCAGGUACUACAUAUUAUGGAGUUUAUGGUAAUAAUGGCGAGAAUGUUAAUAAUAGCGGUAGUAAUUGUGAAGGUGAAAAUAGAGGAUUAUCAAGUAGUAUACCAAACGAUUCAUUAUCACCUAAUUAUAAUUUUAAUUUAAAUAAUGUUUUAAAUUUGGCGGAUGGAAUGUUGUUUCCUAAGUCUUAG